AUGUCUAGUAAUCCUUUCCUUGAACAAGUGAGGUCUUCAUUCCAACGUUCGAGAUCUUUGAACGCAGGGCCAUCUUUGCAACCAAACCGGGUGAUCUCUGAAAUUCAGAAUCGUCUAGAAAGAGAGUUAGCAACUGCAAAAGAGCAAGCCAUUGCCACAUUUGAAGGUCUUGCUAUCCACACUGACCUCCCAGGGUCUUCACCUUCAAAUUCGGAAUCAAGUUCAGACCAAGAAGAAGAAGAGAUGGCUGCCAAUGAGUUCAUGGGAGACCUUGAUAUCCCAACAAUUCCAGCAUCCCCUUCAAGCAUCUUGCUGCCCACCGCAGCUCGAAACUAUGAGCUUAAAUCUUCUCAUCUUAAUAUGCUCCCUUCUUUUUAUGGUUUACCUAAUGAAGAUCCAUUAACUCAUAUAAAGGAUAUUUUUAAUGUUGUGAGCUCUUUUCCCUUGACAGGUGUGACAGAAGAGCAACUUCGAAUGAGAGUGUUUCCGUACACUUUGAAAGAUAAAGCGAAAUAUUGGUUGAAUUCUUUGAAGCCUGGUUCACUCAUGACUUGGGGAGCCAUUCAAAAGAAGUUCUUGGAGAAAUAUUUCUCCACGCAAAAAACCGACAUGCUCAGGGACAAGAUCCUUCUAUUUGCACAACAAGAUGAUGAGUCGUUUUGUGAAGCAUGGGAGAGAUUCAACGGGCUGCUCAAUCAAUGUCCUCAUCAUGGGAUUCCAUUGAAGCUUCAGAUGCGUAUGUUUUAUAAAGGACUAACCCCCUCUAGCCAUAAUAUUGUCACUAAUUUUGCAGGUGGUUCUUAUAAGACUAAAACUCCAGAAGAAACAUAUGAACUCUUUGAGGAGAUAGCAAUGGAGACCCAACACACCGAUACAAGAGGUAAACGUAUUGCUGGUGGUUCUAAUGAUUCUUCCGGUGUGCAGAUUUCCAAAUUGGAACAAAAGCUAGAUGCCCUCCUUGCAUUGAACUCAAGAAACCCUUUGAAGGAAGUGUGUAGCAUCUGUGAAACUCAUGAUCAUCCUACCAUUUCUUGUCCCUUUGGGGCUGCAUAUCCAGAAUUUGUGCAAGAGCAAGCUAAGUUGGUGAAUUCCUACAACCGAGGUCCAAUAAAUGACCCAUAUUCUCAAAGUUAUAAUCCAGGUUGGAGGAAUCAUCCAAACUUUUCAUGGAGGAAUACACAGAAUCAAGCGAAUCCCCCUUCACUUCAAAGGCCACAACAAUCAUCAUCGUUGGAGGAUAUAGUGAAGCAAAUGGCAAUCAACCAAUCCAAUUUCCAGCAAACAACACAAGCUGCCAUCUCCAAGUUGGAAGUCCAAUUGGGCCAGAUAGCUACUGAAAUAGCUCAAAGAGAACCUGGGAAAUGGCCAAGUCAAACCGUGAUCAAUCCAAAAAAACCAAGAAGCCAAGGCCGUUCAUGUGCUCAGAUCAGGUAA